AUGGCUUCCAAGGAGCGGCUCUACGAGCUGUGGAUGCUCUACUUCGCCAAGAAAGAUUUGUCCUACCUUCAGCAGUGGUUAGAAGCCUUUGUCGCCAAUUUUGAGAAGAUCAUCGCUGUCCAUUCUCUGGAACCGAGAAGACCCGAAGACUCCGUGUCCGAAAUUCCACUUUUACCUCUGGACGUCUUGCAAGUGUUAACACAACAAUUUACGUCUUCAGUGUCCCAAAUUUCACGUGACGAAGUUGCAGAAGCUGGCUUGAAACAAGCUCUCUUGCUGACCAAGUUCUUCAUCAUUAUUUGCAGGAAUCUCGAAAACGUUCAGGAUGAGCGUCCACCCCUGUUCGUCCACGAGCUGGUCGUUCUGCUGUCCACCUGUUCGAAAAAGCUCAACAGCUUCCAGGCGGAUCCUUGGCCCCACCAUGGCCCGCUGGAGAGCAUCACGCUCUACGCCCUGCACCUUUGCGAAUGUCUCUUCGAUCCCUACCAGACCUGGCGGAGGCAGCUGAGCGGGGAGAUUGUGAGUGCGAAAGAGAAGAACAAAUACAAGUUCACACCAGCUGUGUUGCCUCCGGAGUUCGGUUCCUUUUUUGAAGAAUGCUUUGAAAUGGACCAAGAGCUCCCAGAAUACCUUCAGUUGCGGCUAAUCCACCUUUUUGGGGCAAUUCUCUCUGGAUCCAAGCAAAACGCUCUCCAGAUGAUCACCCCAUCGGCGGUCGAGGUCCUCAUGCUGGUCCUCCGGAGGUGGUGCCUUCCGGCCAGCGGACCCACCAAGGACCCCCAGUUGCUGCAGAUGACCCUCAAGAGCGUGGUGUCCAUGGUUCACGUCCUCCACAGCAGCAGCCCAAGCCAGCGGGCCGUGGAGAUCCGAGCCAUCUUGGACAGCUUCUUCAAAGUCCUUAACGCCGACCAACCCUUGGCCUCCUCGCUGGAAGGGUCGCCAGGCCCUCACUGGGAGGAGAAGCUGAUCACGCUGCGGGUGAACAUGCUGGACGCCAUUCCAGAAAUGUUGAAUUCUGACGACCGGCCGGUCUUGCAAGCCAUGUUCCUGAGCAACAAUUGUUUUGAACACAUCAUACGAUUGAUCCAAAACAGUAAGCUCUACCUGAGCAGGGAGUGCAUAGCAGCUGCAAGGGAUCUGGCCACACGGCUGCUGACUGAGAUGGAGAUCCGUCAGGUUUUUGACAGCAGCUCCGAUGCCAUUCCGAUUCACGCCAUUGGGGUCCUCACCUCCAUCAUGGCCACCUCCCCCGCAGCUAAGGAGGUCUUCAAAGAAAGGAUCGGCUACUCCCACCUCUACGAGGUCCUGAAGAGUCAGAGCCAGCCCACCAAGAAGCUGCUGCAGGAGCUGCUCAACAUGGCCGUCGAAGGGGAUCACACCGCCUCCCCUCCGCGCCUCAUCCACAACGAGCAGCCGCUGUUGAUCCUGACCCAGUGGAUUCCCGAGCUCACCUCUCAAGACCUCCAGAUCUUCCUUUCGGAGUGGCUGAAGAAAAUCUGCAACGCUUCUCUCCAGAGCCGCACAACCUGUGUCCGGGCGGGCAUGGUGGGCUACUUGCUGGACGCCCUGAGCGCCGCGCAGCAGAACCUCGACCGCAAGUGCACGGAGAACCUUGUCGACUUGCUGCAAGUGCUCGGCGGUCUCUCGAUCCGUCCGGGCGAGUUACGGCAGUUGCUGAGACUCCUCCGGACCGAGCACGGCGCGGGUUGCCACUCGUACACGGUGCAAGUCGUGCGAGCUCUUUCGGGCAUGGCGCGUAAGGAAGGACCCGAGCGGGCGUUGCAGUACUUCGAUCUGACGCCCAGUAUGACGGGGAUCAUGGUGCCCACCAUCCAGAAGUGGCCCGGGUGCAGCUUCGCCUUCCAUGCCUGGCUGUGUCUCCUGGCCGAAGAAACCAAGGACGGUCCGGAGGAGACUGGCCGACUGAAGCGGAAGCAGCUGUACAGCUUCUUCACCGCCAGCGGGACCGGCUUCGAAGCCUUCUUCACCACGGAGGGGAUGCUGGUGGUGGCAGUCUGCACCAAGAAGGAAUACAUGACAGUAGCUCUGCCAGAGAUUCCCUUCAAUGACGCAGCCUGGCAUUGCGUUGACGUUGUCCACAUCGUGGGCCGCCGGCUGUUCAGCCAGAACUUGGUGAACAUUUUUGUAGAUGGUCAGCUCUACAAAGUUGCUCAGCUGCGUUUCCCAUCCGUCAGCGAGGCCUUCACAUCUUGCUGCAUUGGUUCUGCUGGUCACCGGACCACCACCACAUCCACGAUCUACUCACCCCCGUCUCACUCGCCAGAUCUGGAGUUCCCAACGCAUCCUUUUCUGAACCGCUCACAGUCCUUCCCAGCAUCUCUGGCUUCUCACACCUGGACCCCCAUCCCGCCCCGGGAAAGCAUGGUUUCUACCAUGAUUGCGGGGACCCAGGACACCGAGUGGGGAAUGCCCACCUCUUUGGAAGGCCAUUUGGGGUCAGUCGCCAUCUUCUACGAGGCACUCCAGCCUGCUCAGGUGAAGGCCCUCUUCUUGGCAGGACCAAAUAUUGCAUCACCAUUUAAGCCCGAGGGAGAUUUUGGGGAACUGAGUAGCAAACUACUUUUGUACUACACACCCCAGGCCUGUAAAAGCAACAUCUGUCUGGACCUUUCUCCAAACCAUAACCUGGAUGGGAGGCUGACAGGACAUCAAGUGGUGAACUGGGACGUUAAGGAUGUCAUCAACUGUGUUGGUGGGAUGGGAGCGCUCCUCCCUCUGCUGGAUCAGGUGGCAUCUCAGAAGGAAGAAAGCAAAGAUAUCCAGGAGAUUCAUGACUUGGUGGGCCCAGAGUUGACCUCUUCACGGAGUGCUCAAGGCUUACACAUUCCCCUGGGAAAAUCUUCAGAGGGCAGGCUGGAGAAGAAUGGAGUGGCUGCAUUUUUACUACUGAUGAAGAACUUCCUGUGUGGUCAUCAAGUCAAUCAAGAGAGUUUGGUCCAGUGUCAUGGUCCAGCCAUCAUUGGAGCAUUGCUCCAGAAGGUCUCCAGCCAGGCGAUGGACAUGAAUGUCCUCAUGGCCUCCCAGAUUCUGAUGGAACAGGUGGCCUCGGAAGGACACAACCUCUUGCUUCAUCUCCUCUACCAAGCCCUCCUCUUUGACUUCCGCAUCUGGACCAACAGUGACUUCGCCGUCCGGCUGGGUCACAUCCAGUACCUAUCCAAUAUAAUUAAGGACCACAAACAAAGGAUAAGGAAGAAAUAUGGGGUUCAGUACAUCCUAGAUUCCAUCCGGACCUAUUACGGAACCUACAAAGAGAAGCCCAUUGCCACCGAUGACCUCCGGACAGUGCAAACGUCCCUCUUCAGCCUGAUCAAAGACUUCUUCUGCAGGAACAUCUCCAGCGAUGAGAUGCAAAGCACCAUGAACUACCUGGCAGCCGUAAAUGAUGAGCACCAGGUAUGUGGGAUCCUGGAAGUGAUCCAGAAUCUGCAGAAGAAUUCCCCAUGCCAGGACCAGCUCUUUGCUUUCCUGUUUGAACCGGGCAACGUAGAGGUCUUCUUCUCACUGCUCAUUCAACGGAAGUUCUCGGAUGAAGUCCGGGAGAGAAUCUUCAAGAUUUUGUACAAGUUGCUGAAGUACGAGAAGGUCCACGAACGGUAUAAGCAUCGCUUGAAGCUGAAGGACAUCGGCUAUCACGGCUUCAUCUCAUACCUGAAUGACAUCCCGGUUUCCAUACUGUUUUUCCGGUGCCUUCUAGAACAAGUCCUUGGAGCAGAUUCCCCGAACUACAAGGAUUUGAUGGCUGUUGUUUACCUCUCUCACCGGGCAGAUCUGACGGUCAGACUGGACAUCUGCAGGAAGCUCUUCCACCUAAUUUACUCACAGCACGACAUGGUGAAGCAACUGGCCAAGCUGGCGGGCUGGCAGGACACCCUCACCAAGCUCUACGUCAAGGAAAGAACAAAGUCUUCCAGUCUUACGCCUUCAAAUCCUUCGACUCCUUAGAGCUCGCCAGCCAUUCCUCCUCCUCCAACAUUGGACCUCCCUGGCCCAGGAGAGGUCCACCCAGGGGGCCCAGCUGACCGGGUCUACCACCCGCUCUCGCCUUUCUCCAUUUCCCCGUUUGACCUCGGCUUGGAUUUGGGCAGCAGCAGCUCAGCGGCCACCAUGGAAAGUGGAAACCAGACCCCGCUCAGCCUUCCCGGGACACCGUCCCCUCUGGAGAACUUCAAGCCCUUCCCGGGGUCCAGAGCUCGAAAAAGCUCCAGCUUGUCCAACGUGCUGGACGAGACGAGCUACCAGGAGACCCUGCCGAGCGACAGCAUCUCCAACACCAGCAAUCCUCAGCAAACUCCAGAGGAAGAACUCUGCAACUUGUUGACCAACAUCAUCUUCUCGGUCACCUGGCGGGGCGUGGAGGGCUGGGACGACGUGGCGUGGAAAGAGCGUGGACAGGUCUUCUCGGUCCUCACCAAACUGGGCUCAGCCUGUGAGCUGGUCCGCCCUCCGGAUGAGAUCAAGCGCAGCCUCCUGGAGAUGAUGAUGGAAUCAGCCUUGACGGACCUGAAGGAGACGACCCCAGUCCUGCUGCCGAGCCUCACCCAGAACGCCUUGAAACUGCUCCAUCUCCUCCAGGACUUCCUGUUCUCAGAAGGUCACAACAACCAGGUCCUGUGGAGUGAGAAGAUUUAUGAGGGUGCCAACAGCCUGCUAGACAAGUUGGGGGUCUGGUACCACUUGGCAAACGGCACUUCGGACUUGAAGGAGAUGGCCCAAAUCGGCCUGCGGGUGCUGAUUGGAUACAUCAUGCUGGAAGACAUACAGCUGCAGUCCUUGGCCUACGUCAAGCUCCACGGUCUUCUCCAGACAGCUUCGGCCCCCAGGAAGGAGCAAGCCUGUUAUCUCCUGGGCAAACUGGAGACCCCACUCCGGGCUUCUCUGCACACCAAGUCGGAGACUUUCUCCUGGCUGGUGCCCAUCAUCCGGACUCUGAUGGACCAGUGCUACGACACUUUGCAGCUCCAGCACUUCCUGCCGUCUCUGCCGCCGACCAACGGCAGCCCCACGUUUUACGAAGACUUCCAGGUCUUCUGCACCCACCCAGAGUGGCUGAGCUUCAUCGAGAAGCACGUACAGCCCACCAUGGCCCAGUUUGAAAUGGACACGUUUGCCAAGAGCCACGACCACAUGUCGAAUUUCUGGAACUCCUGCUACGACGCCUUGAUGAGCAGCAAUCAACGGAGGGAGAAGGAGAAAGCCGAGAGCCGAAGGAAGUUCCAGGAUCUGAUCCUGGAGCCUGUAAUGAAACGGGCCAAGUACGAAAACAUCCGACACACAAAUAUGCUGAAGCAGCUCAACCAUCACCACAACACGGUCUUAAAGCAAUGGCGGGCUUUGCAACGGUUGUUGACUUCACAACGCUCGGCCUGGGCUGAUCGGAAUCCACCUGGGAUCCGCUGGAAGCUGUCCAACGUGGAGACCUAUUCCCGAAUGAGACUCAAGUUGGUCCCCAAUCACCAUUUUGACCUCCACGCAGAAGCCAGCGCCUUGCGGGACAAUCUUGGUGCUGAUGGCUUACACAACCCAGCGGAAUCCCUACCUUUAGCAGUGGCCAAAGAAGCCAAAGUCAGUGAGAUGCAGGACGAUCAACUGGCAGAAGAAGACCUCUCAUUCUUGGACAAUCAGCUAGAACCCAAAGAGCAAAACCAGCGAGAGAAACUGCUGAUCUCCGAGGAUUGCGAACUCAUCACUGUUGUGGCUGUGAUCCCGGGGCGCCUGGAGGUCACCACACAACAGAUCUAUUUUUACGACAGCAGCAGCGAGAAAGAGGAGACCGAGGACGGUAUCGGACACGACUUUAAGCGUCCGCUCUCUCAGCUCCGGGAGCUGCACCUGCGCCGUUACAACCUGCGCCGUUCGGCCCUGGAGUUCUUUUUCAUCGACCAGGCAAACUAUUUCCUCAACUUCAAGAAAAUGGUGAGGAACAAGGUCUACUCCACCAUCCUCAGCUUGCAGCUUCCCAGCCAGAUCUACCAAGGCAGCCGCUCCCCGCAGGACCUGCUCAAGGCCUCCGGACUGACUCAGAAAUGGGUCUACAGGGAGAUCUCCAACUUUGAAUACCUCAUACAGCUGAACACGAUUGCGGGACGCACCUACAACGAUCUUUCUCAAUAUCCCGUGUUCCCCUGGAUCCUGCAAGAUUACCUCUCGGAGACGCUGGAUCUGAACAACCCGGCCGUUUUCCGGGAUCUGUCCAAGCCCAUCGGAGUGGCCAAUGAGAAACACGCCAAGGCUGUGAAGGAGAAAUACGAGAGCUUUGAGGACCCGACAGGGAUGAUUGACAAAUUCCACUACGGCACCCACUAUUCCAACGCGGCGGGCGUCAUGCACUACCUGAUUCGCACAGAGCCAUUCACAACCUUGCAUAUCCAGCUGCAGAGCGGGAGGUUUGAUUGCUCCGACCGUCAGUUCCACUCGGUUCCCGCCGCUUGGCAGGCUCGUUUGGAGAACCCGGUGGAUGUGAAGGAAUUGAUCCCGGAGUUCUUCUACUUUACCGAUUUUCUGGAGAACCAGAACGGUUUCGAUCUCGGCUCUCUUCAGAUAUCGAAUGAGAAAGUCAGGGACGUGGUCCUUCCCAAGUGGGCCAAAUCUCCAGAAGAUUUUAUCCAUAAACACCGGCAAGCACUUGAAUCCGAGUAUGUCUCGGCCCAUUUGCAUGAAUGGAUCGACUUGAUCUUUGGCUAUAAGCAGAGGGGGCCAGCAGCCGUGGAGGCCCUGAACGUCUUCUAUUAUUGCACUUAUGAAGGGGCAGUUGACUUGGACGCGAUUGCAGACGAAACGCAACGCAAGGCUUUGGAAGGCAUCAUCAGUAACUUUGGGCAGACCCCCUGCCAGCUGCUGAAGGAGCCCCACCCGGCCCGUUUCUCGGCUGAAAAUGCCGCCAGGAGACUUUCUCGGCUGGACACUUAUUCACCGAAUAUUUUUGAGAAUCUGGAUCAGCUCAAAUCGUUCUUCGUUGAAGGCAUCAGCGACCGGAUCCCGCUUGUCCAGGUGGUCGUGCCCAAGAAUCAAUCUCAUUCUUUCAUCACUCAGGGAUCUCCUGACAUGAUGAUCACAGUCAGUGCCAACGGGCUGCUGGGAACUCACAGCUGGUUGCCGUACGAUAAAAACAUCUCCAAUUACUUCAGCUUCACCAAAGACUCCACCGUCUCCAAUCCAAAGACGCAACGCUACCUUUACGGCCCUUUUGCUCCGGGGGCAGAGUUGUCCUCCAAGACCUUGGUGGUCUCUCACGACGGCAAGCUCCUCUUCAGUGGAGGCCACUGGGACAACAGCUUGCGGGUCACCUCGUUGAGUAAAGGAAAGGUGAUUGGACACAUCAAUCGUCACAUAGAUGUGGUCACCUGCCUGGCCUUAGAUCUGUGUGGAAUCUACCUCAUUUCUGGAUCGCGGGACACCACCUGCCUCGUGUGGCAGGUUCUCCAACAGGGCGGACUGUCUUACGGCUUAGCCUCCAAGCCAGUUCAGGUCCUCUACGGACAUGAAGAUGAAGUCACGUGUGUUGGCAUCAGCACUGAGCUGGACAUGGCGGUGUCGGGGUCCAAGGACGGCACCAUCCUUGUGCACACCAUCCGCCGAGGGCAGUUCAUGAUGUCGCUGAAGCCCCCCUGCGAGAGUUCUCUGCCGGUCACCAUCUCCAACCUGGUUGUGGGUCACGAGGGGCAGAUCGUGGUCCAGACAGUUGUGGCGGGAAGAACCUCUCUCAAGGACAAAUUUGCCCUCCACCUGUACUCCGUCAACGGCAAGCAUCUGUCUUCUGUCCCUCUGGAUGAGCAGGUUACCUCCAUGUGUGUCACGGAGGACUUUGUCGUGCUGGGUACCCUUCAGUGUUCGUUGCAGAUCAAGGACCUUCAGAGGUUGCAGCCGGCAAUUCCUUCUCUGAUCAUGAAGGUCCCCAUCCACAGCGUCUCCGUGACGAAAGAGAAGAGCCACAUCUUGGUGGGUCUGGAAGACGGGAAGCUGAUCGUGGUGGGUGCAGGACAGCCUUCGGAGGUGCGGACGGGCCAGUUCCACCGGCGGCUGUGGCGCUCGACGCGACGUAUCUCCCAGGUGUCUUCGGGCGAGACAGAAUACCAUCCGACGGAGUCCAAAUAGAGGCCUCGUUUUUAAUUUCCCGUUGCCUUGUAGUCACCCCUCUGCCACAGUGGACCCCAGGUUCUCCC